GCACAUACAUACAUGUACACACACACAUGCAUACACAUACGCACACCUACAUGCACACAUGCAUACGCACAGAUACACACAUAUAUGUGCAAAUGCACACAUACACACAUACGCAUACAUACAUAUAUACAUACACAUAUACAGAUACCAUACACACAUACGUCCAUAGACACAUGCACAGACAUACAUAUAUACAUACACAUACACACAUACACACACAUACACAUAUACAUACAUACAUGCACACAAGCAGGCACGCAUAUACACAUAUAUGUACACACACAUACAUACAUGCACUCAUUACAUUUAUCAAAUAUUUUAUUGUAUGUAAAUAGUAUGGCAUAA